AUGGUAAUGAUGCGCUACGUGCUGUGUAUCCUCGCUCUCCUGCUCUCCUGUGCGUGUGUGCACGUCCUCGCUGAAGAAGUGCCUGCCGCCGAUCUCUCCGACCAAGUCCCUGAUACGGAGAGUGAGACAAAGAUUCUUCUUCAAGGUACUCCGUGCACUUCUGGUCAAACUACAGGUGGUACUAAAUGUGAGGAAGCUAACAUGGAACGUGGAACUGCUGGUACUUCUCUUGGACAACAACCACCAGCACCAUCACAAUCAGCAGCAGAACAACAAAACGGACAGCAGCAACAACACCCUAAAGAUGGACAAGGUCCUCAAGGUCAACUUGGUGCUAGUGUUGGUCCUGCUUCUCCUCCUACAUCUCCACCGGCUGAGGCUAGUAAUGUUGGGGCUGGAGGUUCAGGUCAACCAGGAACUAAUGCCAUCAAUACAACAGACGGAACCCAAACAACAAACGCUCAGGGUAGCGCACAAACUUCAUCACCUUCUCCCAACACUUCAGAGACAGGGAAUGCUACUGGUGCUGCGGACACUAAAACAACAGAGAACAGCACGACAUCAGCAGGGAGUGAGUCGACAGAAAACCAAGAAGGUGCUGCAGAAAAUACAGAAACAACCACCACCACCACAACAACAACACUUCCUCCUGAACUCACAAAUAACAAGAAGGGUGAUGCAGACAGCAGCAGUAUCAGCAGUUCUGUGUGGGUGCGUGUACCACUACUGAUUGUGGUUACACUGGCCUGUAUUCUUGUGUGCUGA